AUGCUCAUCACUAUUGACGACGCUUCUCCUCAGAUUUCAUACGCUCCUAAUACACCAGGAACAUGGGUGACGAAUCAUAAGACUGGUGCUUUCCCAGAUGUAAACUAUAUCAACUAUUUUGAUCAAACUUUUCAUGCUACAUAUACCGAGAACGCCACAGCAUCUAUAACCUUCAAUGGGAGCUCUAUAAGUGUUUAUGGAUCUUUUGGUCAGAAUCAUGGGAAUUACUCUGUACAAUUGGAUGGGAAUACCUCGGAGGUUAUUUCGGGAGAGACGGAUGAGAGGGUAUCACAAACUACUGUGUAUUAUGCGGAUGGUCUGAACACUUCGGUUGAACAUACUUUGAUACUCACGAACCUCCCUAGCGAUGCCAGCUUGUCCAACGACACAUUGUGGUUCGACCUCGACUACAUUGUCAUUGACACUGGCAGUGAUGACCCCACUUUCACAUCCAUAUACGAUGACCAAGAUGCCCAUUUUCUUUGGUCAGACACAGACUGGAGAUCGUUGACAAACUUUCCCCACGACUAUUUUGACCACACAAACCAUCUCACCAACAUUGCGGGUAGCACUAUGUCUUUCACUUUCAAUGGGACUUCAUGUCAGAUAUUUGGAGGAUUGAAUCAUGAUCACGGGCGAUAUUCCGUCAGUUUGGACGGAGGAACAGAAGAGAUGUACAAUGGUAAUUGGUUCGAAUUACUCACUAAAAUACCUCUGUACACUGUCAACGGAUUGGACCAAGGGAUACAUACCAUAAUCAUGACCAACCAUGGUAAUGGAUCUACGAAAGAUUUCGAUGUCGAUUAUGCAGUCGUCAACUCUACAACCCUUCAAAUGGACUCCUUUUACCCUUCGUCAAUCCUCACUUCGACCAUCUCCUCAUCCAUCCCUUCAGAAUCCACUUCAUCCCUCGCCGAAACAUCUCAUCACUCCACAUCCCCACUUGCGAUCGUUGUGGGCGGAGCAGCAGGAACAGUCGUUGGACUGACAUUGAUUGCUGUCUUGGUUUGGUACCUACUUCGUCUUAGAAAGCGCUCUAAAACCCGAGGUCCCAUCGAUCUGGUGGAAUCGGGAACGGAACAGAACGACGGACGAGGAGAUCAACCUCCCAGACAUGACUUUGAUACCCUCGUUCCAGACUCAACCACAACUUCUUCCAUGGCGCAGCAGCCGUAUCAGUUGGCGGAACAUCAAUUCUCACAGUCAUCUUUAGCCGGAGCCAAUACGAUUGCACCGUAUUUGUCUCGUGUAGGACCACCACCAGGGUCGACAGAUUCUUCACACUUUCCAUCGGACAGGAUCACCUCUCCCUCGAUGGCGAUGAAUCCGUCAGGUCCAGAUCCGUUCAGUGAUACUUUGGCUAUCACUCAUCGUCCGACUACCAACUCUCGCGCGCCACCGAAUAUCUCAUACCCUUCGACGUCACAUGUUUCUUCUACGACCUCUCAAUCUAUGACGUAUCCAUCAUAUUCACCCACGACGAUGACUUGUCCCUCUCAAACGACUUUAUCUCCAGUUCAAACUUCCACCCAUAUAAGCCGCACAAACCCUUUACCUAGAUUAAUAGCAGAAAUCAAAGCGUCGACAAGUAUCAGUUUUACGACCCAAAGACCAAGACUUAUCUCACCCGUUAGUUCAUCGGAAACUUCGAACGAGCCGAAUUCUCCCACGAACGAAAAUGAUUCAUCUUGGUCACAUCAUUCUAAUGGGGAACAAAGAAGAGCUCGGAUGACGGUGUUUGGGAGAGAAACAGACGCAGGACCUGUAAUGUUGGAUGAAGAAGGGGAAAUGUUACCUCCUGAUUAUACCCAAGCUACGGAACCUUUACAGGGAUAG